AGUUUGAGUCACGUCACCAAUGGAAGUCGUCAUCUUUCUUCAUCCUCUGCCAUUUCAGUCCCACUUUAAGAAAUAAGUCAGCGUAAUCUGAUUAAAAAAUGACUCACUUUCUUCAUCCCUCUAGUUCUCUUCGUUCGUUGGGCAAAGGGUUUCUAUUUCCCUCUUCUUCCUCUUUCCUUCAGUCUAAUUCAAUCGCAUUGCGAUCCUUCUCGUGUCAAAUGUCGGCCGAUUCUCCAAUUCGGACUCAAUCCAUCACCAUCCCUUGCCAACUCGACCAACCUAUUCAGAUUCUCGCCGCACCUGGUGUCUCUGAUUCGGACUUCCGUAAUGCUAUCGAUUCAUCGUUGUUCAAACAAUGGCUGAUGAACUUGCAAAGUGAGAGUGGGAUUUUGACCAAGGGAGCCAUGUCCCUGAAGCGUGUUCUUAUUCAGGGAGUUGAUAUGUUCGGAAACAAAAUUGGAUUUCUCAAAUUUAAAGCUGAUGUCUAUGAUAAGCAAACCGGGAAGAAGGUUCCAGGUAUUGUUUUUGCAAGAGGACCUGCUGUUGCUGUUCUUAUCCUUCUGAGUUGUGAAGGAGAAACUUAUGCUGUCCUGACUGAGCAGGUUAGAGUUCCUGUUGGGAAGCUCAUGCUGGAAUUGCCUGCUGGUAUGUUGGAUGAUGAUAAGGGGGAUUUUGUUGGCACUGCAGUUCGAGAGGUUGAAGAAGAAAUUGGCAUUCAGUUAAGGCUUGAGGACAUGGUUGAUCUUACUGGCUUCUUGGACCAAUCAACUGGAUGCAGAGUCUUUCCUUCUCCUGGAGGAUGUGAUGAGGGAAUCGGUCUCUUCUUGUAUCGAGGAUCUGCUAGUAAAGAGACAAUAGCAGAGCUGCAAGGAAAGGAAACCGGUCUCAGGGAUCAUGGUGAGCUUAUUAAGGUUCAUGUUGUUCCUUAUGAAAAAUUAUGGCGAGUUACAGCAGAUGCAAAGGCUCUAAUGGCCAUUGCACUCUAUGAAAUGGCUCAGAAGGAAGGGCUUUUGCCUUCUUUAAAACCAUGAUAGUGUGUUUUCUAUUCACCCUAUAUAUGAUCUUUCACCUUGAACCUUGGCAAACGUUUUCUUUCUUCAGUUCCAACUUUUGCUGGGUUAUGUAAAAGGGUAACAAGUUCCUUAACACACUUGUCUCAAGACAAGAUCAAUAACGAACUACCUUGCAUUGACCAACUUUUAA